AUCCAAUGUAAAUUCUUACUAGGGAGAUCGGAUUCACGCCAUUAUCAAGAGGCCGCAGAUAGCAAUGUAUAAGCCUAAUAUUACAGAGAAGACUACAAGUCAUCCCUACAUAAUUCAGUUCAUCUCAAAAACCCCGUUGAGGGAGGAUACGAAGACGGAACUGUCUAUGAUGGUCUAUGAUUUUCAGCCUUUUGAUAUGUUGCAUGCCCAAAGAGUUAUCAACGACAAAACUCUAAUUGAUGUCAUUGGGAAGGUUCUGUCCAAGAGCCUUAUCCAGACCCACAUAAUCAACGGGAGGACUGAUAGGCUAAUGGAGUUGACUUUGACAGACCCGGAGGGUAACAGAUUGGGCGCCGUAUUGUGGAACAAGUACAUAAACCAGUAUCUGGAUUAUGUUAAUGCUAAUGAAGGAGUGCCUGUCUUCGUGAUAUUUCAACUAUGUAGGCCAAAAAGAUACCAAGGGAUCUUGACAGUGAAUUCGUCUUUUGAUGUAUCAAAGCUCAUAAUCAACGGGAACACUACUGAGUUUCUAGAGUUCCAAAGCGAGUUUCCAGCGGAUGGUGAUGACACCACGACUCAAACCUGCAACACGCAAUGCUCACAUGCGGAAGGGAGGGAUGAUAUACUCGGUGGAAAUGCUGUCAUUACCACCAUGGAGGAUUUGAUGAAGGCAACUGAGGUGUGUCCUGAAGCUAGAGUCAUAGAUUUCGCAUUUUGAAUAAAUAUAUCCACUGCUAAUAAGAAAAUUAUACUUGGAUAGGAGAAUGUUUAUUGGGUACUUGCUGAGAUAGUUUCUAUAGAAAACUAUCGAGAAUGGUGCUACCUAAGUUGCCCAACAUGCCACAAAAAAUUGCAACCAGAAGAGAAACGGUUUAGGUGUACAACUUGCAGCAUGUCAAUGGGAGAAGGAGUUUAUCGCUACAAGGUCAGUGUGUGUAUUAUGGACAACACAGGGUAUGGAAACUUCAUGUUAUGGGACAGGGAAUGCAUAGAAAUUCUGGGUAAAACUUCAGCAAGUCUUAAAGACGAGGUAGAGAAGAAAACCGGGGAUCCAAGUCGCUUUCCGGAAGACAUUGAAAGCUUGGUUGAUAUAAAGGGAAUUUUCAAAAUACAGCUAAGGAAGAAGAAAGGUGAGGAAAAUGCCUAUAAUGAUGGGAUUUCUCUAGGGGUGGUUAGCAUCAUAAGAGAUCCUAAUGUUAUCUCAAUGUAUGAGAAGAAAGAGCACUUGGAAACUAAUGAAAUUGAUGAGAGUACACCAGAAAAG